UGAGAGGGAGAGAAGAUGAGCGCUGUGUUGUGGCUCACUCUCCACGGUUCUCAUCAGGGCUUUAUCAACGCUGAACCUGUCAAGAGGGCAAGCAGAGAUAUCACUCUUCAGUCCUUGUUUCUCUCUGAACCUCACUCAUCCGAUCCUGGAACUAGUGCUUUCACAAUGUCUUCAGCUGGGAAGAGAGCCAAGUCUCGGAGGAAGAGGACGGGUCCCACGGUGUCAGACUUGAUACUGAAGGCCAUGUCCGUGUCCACAGAGCGCGUCGGCGUGUCCCUGCCUGGCCUGAAGAAGGCUCUGAAGGCUGAAGGAUACGACGUGGCAAAGAACAACGCCAGAAUCCUCACCGCCAUCAGACGUUUUUUGGCCAACAAAUCCCUGGCCCAGACCACGGGCACCGGGGCCUCGGGCUCCUUCCAGCUGAACAAGAAGGUGCCCGCACCUCAAAAGAGGAAGGUGGCGAAAAAGACCAAAAGGACCAGUGCCAAGAAGGCAGCCGGAGUUGACACUCAAGCAGCCAAGAAGUCACCGAAGAGAAGGAAGAAGGCAAAGAGUCCCAGGAGCGACAAGAGAACCGCUGCAGCUAAGAAGCCAAGGAGCCCGUCGAAGACCAUGCGGAGGUUCGCCAAAUCUUACAGGACCAGAGCUGCUGCCAAGAAGUAAACACUCUCCCACUGAACACUACCUGCCAGUGCUGUGUUUAACUGUGUGGACUAACCUUCUGCAUUACAUUCAAAUACUUGAGUUGGUUUGACCUGUUUUAAAGUUUUACUGCAGUAGACAAUACUGGAUCUGCUGUUUACACACACCCUUUCCGCUGUAGUGUGCAAUGAAGUCAACUGCAAUUGUUGGAAAUAAUAAACCUCUUUUCAAUUCA